UGAAUGACCGUCAUUGUUUCAGGGAGGAGAAAAUUAUGCUUCUCUGGAAUAUGACAGCCCAAAAAACUAACUGGCUUGUGACCACGAUGCCCAGUAUAAGAUCCUGGGAUUGAGACGUGAAUCCCUUCUACUGAUGGCCUGGAUUGAGUUUCAGCUGGCCUGCUGAAGCUAUGGGGAGCUGUUGGAGCUGUCUGUACAGAGACCCCAUCCGAGACAACCACCUCACUAAAUUUAAGGUCACCAAUGUGGAUGAUGAAGGCAAUGAGCUGGGCUCUGGGAUCAUGGAGCUCACCCAGACUGAGCUUAUCCUUCACACACGCAAGAGAGAUGCCAUCCGGUGGCCAUAUCUCUGCCUGCGCCGCUACGGCUAUGACUCCAACCUGUUUUCUUUUGAGAGCGGUCGCCGCUGUCAGACGGGGCAGGGAAUCUUUGCAUUUAAGUGUUCCCGGGCAGAAGAGAUCUUCAAUCUGCUUCAAGAGCUGAUGCAGUGUAACAGCAUCAAUGUGGUGGAAGAGUCGAUGAUGAUGACUCACAGUGGUCACACACCAGACAUGGACAUGUCUCGCACACCACAGACUCCCAACACUCCAGCAUUCCCUGUCCCAAUGUUUCCCAAUGGAUACCCUGGUUGUCCAAUCAGAGGUGAAGCCUCCCAACCAUCUCUUGCUGAUGAUCAUGGACGUGGUCUCAUGAGUUUGGAAGACCAGACUCACACAUACGUGAACACAGUUACUAUGGAGGGCGAUCUCUCGAUGCGUCACUGUGUUCACUCCCUGCCUGAGGUGCGGCCCAGCUCGUUCCCUGAAACAGCACGAGGAGCCAUGCCGAUUGGGGGCCAAGGUAGCGCACCGUCCAACAUGCGGUGCUGUCCCCUUGAGGAACACAAAGAUCCUCAGGUGUUCUUGCAGCCAUCGUCGCAGGAGGUCAAAUUCAUGCUGGGCCCAACUCCAGCACAACGCCAUCUGCUGGAACGGGAGCGAGAAAGGGAGAGACUUGGGCACAAUCCUCAUAACCUUCAGCCAGUAGAGGGUGCAACAGGCUCAGAGACAGAAGGAGAUGAGCCUUCUUUGCACAUGUGCAAUUCUCACUCUUAUCACCAUUUCCAUCACCACAUGCACCGGCAUCCAGGCCACGAGCACUCAGAGGAAUGCCAGAGUGGCGAACUCACUUACGAAAACAUCAAUGGUCUGAGGAGCAGCCGAAAGCAAAGGCUUAGUCCCAGUAGCGUGUCCCAGUCUGUGGCAUCAAGUAGUAGCAGCAGCACCACCGGGGACAGCCAUUCGCACUCCAUACUCCACUCACUUGCCCAUGGCCCUUCGUCAUUACCAGUGCAGGGCUAUGCAUGUGAGAGGGGUGCGGGUGGAGGUCAUCGUCGGACUACCCUACUUAACUAUGAGAACUUGCCCUCUCUACCCCCAGUGUGGGAGUACAGUGCUCUGCAUCGAGAUGAUGAGCAGGAAGAGGAUGAUGAUGAGCAAGAUGACGAUGAAUAUGAAGAAGAGGAGGAAGAUUUUGAUGAGUACGAGUUCUCUGAAGGCCCUGGGACACCCAAUGGUUACCAUCAGGAUGGCAGAGGUAUCCACAGAGAUGCCCUGCAGCAUUAUGUCAAUACAGAGCAGGUCCAGCCACCCCGUCUUCGACACGCCUGCCCCCCACAUCCACGGCCAUGUGAGCCAGACAGAGGGGGGCAAAUAUUUAGCUUUGAUUUCCGCAGGCAGUCAAGGGCAGGGCCGGGAGGCUGCGAGCAUGGUCACAUGCCCCCAACACGGCAGCUUAAUUAUAUCCAGGUGGACCUAGACGGUGAACCACCCUGCCUCAGCAGUGGGGGUGCCCAAACACAACCACAGCACCAGCGUCUACCACCCAAAAAGUGUGGCCAACAGGCACCCCGGCGCAGUGAAUGCUACGCAGUCAUUGACCUUAAGAAAACAGCUGCCAUGUCCAACCUGCAGAAAGCUCUGCCCAGAGAUGAUGGGACUUCCCGGAAGACUCGCCAUAACAGCACAGACCUGCCUCUGUAAGUGGUGUUCAGACUGAAGCGGAAAGAUGACGACAGAUGAAGGCUUAUCCUCCUUUUAGCACACUGGACCCUUCACUGUCAUCUAUCCAUUCUACUGUUGGGCUGACUGAUACAGUACAGGUACCUAAUUAGAAAACUUAAUGAAACCUAUCUGUGUAUAUAAAAAGAAAUGAGGAAUCUCUAAGGAGAAUUUGCUAUGUAUUUCCAAGUUAUUUAUUAGAUGUGGUGUGAAGCUCUCUUGGGUAUUCGCAGUAUCUGCAAAUUUCAAUGCAUAGAGCUACAACCUCUUUUUUUCAGUGGAAGUAAUCAUUGCCAAAUUUUGUUUCUUAAACUCAUCUCCACUCAGAAAUGAUAUUUUACUGUUUCUGUCAUUUACUUAUUUAACAUAGUGAGUUGGAGCAUUUCCUGCAUCCAUGUGGUUCUACAUUUAAGAAAGUCAAAAAUAUCAUUAUUACAGAAGAUAGUAGUGGUUGGCACGAAUGAAGAUGAACAAUUCAGCCAAGAUACUUCAUACCUCAUCAAAAGCAUAAUUAUUAGAAGAAACAUUUAUGUGGUAUAUGCUCAUACAGUAUUUUGCACACAGUCCUUUUGAGUUGUACAUAUAAGUCAUGUUUUAGAAAUAGUUUUAUCCAAUCAGUUUGAGCAUUGGUUACAAUUUAAAAACUAAAUUGAAAUGCUUGGCAUUCUCACCAAAUGGCAAUAUUAAGUUGGAGAAUUUAAGCAAUGCGAUUGCAGUUAAUAGUAGCACAUAUGAAUAAAUAAGCUUUAGCACCAUCCUGUCCACAUGCAACAUAUGGAAACGUAGCAUUUCACCCUUCAUGCAGACUGGUAGGAGUUUGAUGCUUGUCACAUUGCACUUUUAACAUAUGGAAA